UUGUGAUGAGUGAUGUGGCCGUCUGCGGGGGUGGUAGUGCUAGCGGCGCUGGUGUCGAUGAUGUCUGGUGAGGGUGAGGGCCUCAUGCAGCCCGUCUCCACCGGGCUCGAUCAACUUGUGAGGGCGGCGUCCGCUACCUGUGAUGCUCUGCCUCUAGAGCUCCUUCUUAGUUGGUCGUCGAUACCUGAACUGGAGUUUUAUGAGUAUUCUGAGGAGGGGAAGAGAAUCUAUAAGCUGUCGAAGGCUCACGUGCUGCUCCGACGUCGACUGCCAUCAGAGCUCGUCGUCUAUAUCCCCGGCUGGUGGAACACGCCCACGGAUGAGUCCUCGCAGACAAUAGUCAAGGCUUUGUUACAAAAACAUCACUUGAUCCUUGUAUUGGAUACACGAGUCUCCUUUUGCAGAGGCUACGUCGGUUCCGCUUCUCGCGUCCAUGGAGUUGCGCAAAAGGUGUUUAAAUUUCUUAAAAACAUUCAAACGGAAGGGUAUCCGCUUUCAUCAGUACACAUGAUCGGGUUCAGUCUAGGAGCUCACGUGGCCGGCGUGACGGGAAAGUUGGUUUGGAAUCGAUUGAGUGGCAAAGUUGGAAGAAUAACGGCGUUGGAUCCUGCGAGGCCUUGCUUCACCCGGCCUUCUGAGUAUAGACUCGACAAACACGAUGCCAAGUUCGUUCAAGUCAUCCACACGAGUGCCGGCGUGCUGGGUCUGGAGUCCCCGCUGGGCCACGCCGACGUGUACGUAAACGGCUUGCUGGUCUCUCAGCCCGAGUGCCGCGAACGAGCGGUCAGUCUGGAGUGUGAUCACGCCCAAUCUUGGAAACUGUUUUCGUCCUCGGUGACUGACAGCCGCUCCUUAUUGGCUCGCAAGUGUAAGAACUGGUUCGAACUCAGCAGCGGACAGUGCAGCGGAAACGAAACCGUCUUAGGUUACACUUGUAAUCCAAAAAUAAGAGGAAUGUUCCUCUUCAGAUCGCAAGAAGUCAGAACUCAAAUGUGGGUGUUCAACCCCUUCGAUAUAAAAACUUGGUUUUCGAGAUAAAUGAUAAGUAUUAUAAUAGUUGUUGUUAUAAAGUUAUCGGCUGUUAUGUUUAUUAAAAGUAUAUUUAUUAAGCUUACAGGUUUAAUUUACUAUUACUUUGUGAGUGUAAAGAAUAGUUCAUUAUUUUAUACUAAGUAACAACAAAUUCAGUUCCUGUUUUGUAUAAAAAGUUCAAUAAUAUAUGAUGUUAUAUUAAAACUAUGUACUACGGAUUAUUAUUGAAUGAAUACUUGUACUACUCAGCAGCUAUAAUAGCCAAAAUGUUAUCAAAGCUUAUGGUCUUUGGAUACUCACAAUGUUUUGAUGAGUCGUGUGACUUGUUAGGCCUCCUUGAAUAGACGCCAAUCUGUGAUGUUUUCAUAAGAGGUGUUUCGUUGGUGAUGAUUGCCAUCACUUAAAUAUGGAGAAUUAAACUUAAAAUUCUACAAAAAUAACACACACAGAGAGGAACUAACAUAUUUAAUAAGUGACAAAAUUCUCACACAAUUUACAAUCUGUCGCUUUUUUCUUUUUAUGAGGUUCCCUAUUUAUUAUAUAAUACAAUUGUUGCUAUUUAUAAUGCACUGAAAUAUUAUUGUAAAUUACUUUUUUCAAGAUUGAAAUUAAAUAAAAGUUACUCGACCAUAGCGACAUCUACCAGGUAAUUUUAUCGUGAUCAUUAUAAUUUCCUAUAAAGUGAAGUGAAGGUAGCUCUAAGACUUGUGUAUAGAUGGCGCUAGAGACAGAACCUAUAUUUUUAUUCGAGGUGAAACAACAUUUAACUGUAUAAUUAAUUAAUUAUGCUUUAACUGUGAUACUUUCGCUGUAAUUGUUUUCUUUUCAAAUGUUUAAUUUGUUUGUGAAUGUGUGU